AUGUACCUACUACUGAGUCAUCUACUACCUGUCUCUUAUACACAUCUAGAUGUGUAUAAGAGACAGGAGGCAUCGACAACUGAAGUACCAACUACCGAGGCAUCGACAACUGAAGUACCAACAACCGAAUCUUCUACGACUGAUGAACCAACUACAGCAGCAUCAACUACUGAAAUACAAACAACAGAACCAUCCACUACCGACGCACCAACAACAGAAUCAUCUACUACUGAUGUACCAACCACUGAAUCAUCUACCACCGAUGUACCAACUACAGAGGCAUCGACAACUGAAGUACCAACAACCAAAUCUUCUACGACUGAUAAACCGACUACAGCAGCAUCAACUACUGAAGUACAAACAACAGAAUCAUCUACUACUGAUGCACCUACAACCGAAUCAUCUACUACUGAUGUACCUACUACUGAGUCAUCUACUACUGAUGCACCAACAACAGAACCAUCUACUACUGAUGCACCAACUACAGAGGCAUCGACAACUGAAGUACCAACAACCAAAUCUUCUACGACUGAUGAACCAACUACAGCAGCAUCAACUACUGAAAUACAAACAACAGAACCAUCCACAACCGACGCACCAACAACAGAAUCAUCUACUACUGAUGCACCAACGACAGAAUCAUCUACUACUGAUGCACCAACUACAGAGGCAUCGACAACUGAA